AUGGUCGCCGACACCAGCUACUAUGAUGCCUUGGGCGUCCCGCCGACGGCUACCGAGCUGGAGAUCAAGAAGGCUUACCGCAAGCUCGCUAUUGUCACCCACCCUGACAAGAACCCUGGCGAUGAGACUGCCCAUGAACGAUUCCAAGCGAUCGGCGAAGCCUACCAAGUUCUGAGCAACGAAGAUCUACGCAAGCGAUAUGACAAAUUCGGCAAGGAGGAGUCAGUGCCCGGGGGUGGUUUCGAGGAUCCUUCGGAGUUCUUCAGCAUGAUUUUCGGUGGCGAAGCUUUUGUCGAUCUCAUCGGAGAGAUCUCCCUCAUGAAAGACCUGACCGCGACGAUGGAUAUCACAAUGCAAGAGAUGGAGGAGGAGGAACUGGCCGAGUCGGCUGAACAGAAGCUCAACAUCCACGACGAGGAGGUCAAGGCUGCCGGUGAAGAGCCCUCUGCUGCAUCCGCGAAGGCUGCCGAGGCUGCUGCUGAGGCUUCGGGCCACGAGGAAGCACACGCUCCGCCGCCUGCCUACGGCGAGGCAACUGCCCAGAGCUCUGGAACGAGUACCCCCCGACGGAACAUGGGACAGCAGGCUCUGAUGGACAAGUCGGAGGAGGAAGCACGCAUGGAGGCAGCUGGCCUGUCGCAGGAGGAGAAGGAGCUUCGCAAGAAGGAAAAGAAGAAGGGUCUGUCCAAGGAGCAGCAGGAGCGUCUCGCCGCCUUCGAGGAGGAGCGGAGAAAGGCUCGUGAGGAGCGUGUCAACACCCUGGCCAACAAACUGAUCGACCGUCUCAGUGUGUGGACGGAGACCGACAAGGGCAAGGAUGUGACACAUGCAUUUGAGGAGAAGAUUCGCCUCGAGGUUGAGAACUUGAAGAUGGAGUCGUUUGGUCUGGAGAUCCUACACGCCGUCGGUGCUACGUAUGUCCAGAAGGGUACAUCGUUCCUCAAGUCGCAGAAGUUCCUCGGUAUCUCCGGUUUCUUCUCCCGUCUCAAGGAUAAGGGUACUCUGGCCAAGGAGACAUGGACUACCAUUUCCACCGCCAUUGACGCCCAGAUGACCAUGGAGGAGAUGGCCAAGCUGGAGGAGCGUGGCGGUGAGGACUGGACGGAUGAGAAGAAGGCCGAGUACGAGAAGAAGGUCACUGGUAAGAUUCUUGCUGCGGCCUGGCGCGGCAGCAAGUUUGAGAUCCAGAGCGUUCUGCGCGAGGUCUGCGACCAGAUUCUGGGUGACAAGCGAAUUCGCUUGGAGAAGCGCGUGGAGCGUGCUCAUGCUCUGGUCCUCGCUGGUAACAUUUAUGCUAAGGCCGAGCGUGAUCCCGAUGAGGAGGGUGACUACAUGGCCUUUGAGCAGCUGAUGGCGGAGGCGAUGCAAAAGAAGGGCAAGGAUGAGAAGAAAAAGAAGAAGUCUAAGCAUGGCCACGAGUCCCCCGAGGCGUCGCACGCCGAGGAGAAGACCACUGCUGCUUAA